CUGUCACGAAUGUCAAGCAAGAAAAAAUAUAUGUAAACGUCAAAUGUAACCAGGGUUUCAGUUUAUUUUUACGAUAAUCGUAAAAAUACAGAAAAAUGUCGAUUGCUAAAAUAUUAGCGCUUGAUAAAGUCACCACCUUCUUCAAUAUUAUUCGCCAGAAUGGCGGGAUAAGGGCGUCCCUAUACAAACUUUAUAGACAAGAUGAACUGAAAGAUGGUGUGUUGGUCGGUGAAGAUAAAUAUGGCAACAAGUACUAUGAGAACCCUCGGUAUUUCUAUGGCAGGAACCGAUGGGUGGAGUACUCUGACAAGUACAACAUGAACUAUGACGGGAGUCAGAUUCCCGCUGAUUGGUACGGCUGGAUGCAUUACAAAACUGACCUGCCACCCCACAAGGACCCCAGCAGACCCAAAUAUAAAUGGAUGAGCGAUUUUACAGAAAAUUUAUCAGGUACCACUGGUCAAUAUACUCCAUAUAGUACUACCAGGCCUAAAAUUGAAGCGUGGGUACCGAAAAAUAAUUAAAGCUGUUUAAAAUAAAAAAUACAAGCUACAAUGACAGAUUUACGUACUGGCAACACAUAAAAUCCAUAAAGAACCAUAGUGACAGAUAUUUCACCCUGGCAACAUAAAAAAUAGCGCAGAUUUAAAAUGGUAGCAACAUAAAUAAGUUGAUUUAAAAUGGCUAUAUCAUGUAUAACGGAAUAUUAAGAAAUGCUGUGGUUACAUUUUCGUAUUUAGUUGUUUAGUUAUUAAGUAGAAAAUGAAAUAAAACUAUUUAUGAAAAUUUAA